AUGGACUACGAGGAAAAUUUAGAGGCUCCCGUCUGGGACGAACUAAACCAUGAAGAAGAUAAUCCUCAGAGUGCCAUUUCAAAUCCAACCGAAUCUGGUGUUCAAUUACCUUUCCAGGAAGGCAAGAGAAAGGAAGAACUUUCAAAGAAGAAAGCUCCACUUAAUAACGAGAUAAAUAUAGAUAUUUCCCCAGAAUGGAAGGAUCCUGGUUUAUCGGUGGCUGGCAAUCCGCUGAUGGAGGAGCAGCAGCAAGGAAGUGAAGAACUCAAAGCAAAUGCUUUGAUCAAUUCUCUAGCUCCUGAACAGGAUUCGAUUGCAGAUAUCAAGAAUAAUGCUUCGCAGUUCCUUGUGACAAAAGACUUUGGUGAUGCAUUAUUUACGGGAAGCGCCAACUCUCCCUUAGUUUUUGAUGAUACAAUAUGCAGCACUAACACUUCUGCGAGCACCAAUUCAAGAAGCAUAUCUGGUAGAAGAUCUGGAAAACCACAAAUUCUUUUUGAUUCUGCCAGAGCUCAAAGAAGCUCCAAGCGUAUUUAUUCUUUGAAAGCGAAGAAGACAAGUAAUUCCAAUGAUGCCACCAAAUUACCAUUUACUGAUCCACUUAAGAAAGCUGAAAAAGAAAAUGAAUUUGUCGAGGAAUCCUUGGAUAAUAAGAAUGAAAGGGGAGAAAUCAAUGAGGGAACGGUUACGGCCUUCGCUAAGAAGAAUAUUCUUGAGCAGGUGGACAAACCUUUAUAUAAUAUCCCUCAAAGGGGAGAAAAUAGUGUAAGUUCUACCAACAUCGAAACAAACUCAAAAAAGGUUGAAGAACUCAAAACAGACUCAAAGUUGCCAUCUACUGAACAUGCAGUGGAUUUCAACGUUGAAGUGACGAAUCCAGUCAAAGUAGGAGAACUAACAUCCAUUCACGUGGAGUAUACUGUAAUAGGAAAAUCACCAUUACUUGAGCUAAAAUAUACACAAGUGAACAGGCGUUAUAGGGAUUUUAGGUGGUUAUAUCGCCAAUUGCAAAACAAUCAUUGGGGUAAAGUGAUACCACCGCCACCAGAGAAGCAGUCAGUAGGUAGUUUCAAACAAGACUUCAUUGAAAAUAGAAGAUUCCAAAUGGAAAGCAUGUUAAAAAAAAUUUGUCAAGAUCCGGCCUUACAAAAGGACCAAGAUUUCCUGCUGUUUUUAACAAGCGAUGACUUCAGUUCAGAAUCCAAAAGAAGAGCAUUUUUAACUGGAUCAGGCGCUAUUAAUGAUAGUAAUGAUUUAUCAGAAAUCCGGAUAAGUGAAAUACAACUGCUAGGCACAGAGGAUGCUGCGGAUGUAUUGAGGAAUGGUGGUAUCGAUGCGGAAUCGCACAAGGGCUUCAUGAAUAUAUCGUUUUCGUCGCUACCCAAAUACAAUGAAAUAGAUGAAUUCUUCACUGAAAAGAAACAAAAAGUGGAUGAAUUGGAAGAUAAUUUGAAAAAAUUAGGCAAAUCCUUGGAAAUGGUUGACACUUCUCGGAACAGUUUAGCCUCAUCAACAGAAGAAUUUUCUGACAUGAUAGAAACCUUAGCAUCUUUGAACGUGAGUGAGCCUAAUUCAGAAUUGUUGAAUAAUUUUGCUGAUGUUCAUAAAAGCAUCAAAAGUUCGCUUGAGAGAAGCUCUUUACAAGAAACAUUGACCAUGGGUGUGAUGCUGGAUGAUUAUAUUAGGUCAUUAGCCAGUGUAAAAGCCAUUUUCAACCAGAGAGCCAAAUUGGGUUAUUUUUUGGUAGUUUUAGAGAAUGAUAUGAAUAAAAAACACUCACAGCUGGGUAAAUUGGGCCAAAAUGUUCAUUCAGAAAAGUUCAUAGAAACGAAAAAGGAAUUUUUAACCAUAGAAAGGCGUUAUAAGCUUACAAAGACACAAUGGCAAGAGAUUGGUGAAAGGAUAAAAGAUGAAUUUCAAAAUUUUUCUAUUGACAAGAUUCGGGAAUUUCGAAACGGCAUGGAAAUAUCACUAGAAGCAGCCAUUGAAUCUCAAAAGGAAUGCAUCGAACUUUGGGAGACGUUCUAUCAAACCAACCUUUAA